AUGAGCCUGCCUCACUACGAAGAUAUGUCGACGAACCGUAAACAACUCACCAGCGUCUUCCUGCUGGUAUUGGCCACCUCGCUGUUUAUUUUCGCGCUCACCACAGUGGCUGUUUUCGAGGCUAAAAGCCAGCGGACCAACUCCAGCGAAUCAUUCAUCAUAAGCCGUUUGUGGCAUCCUUUUAUUCCUGGGAAUAAAACGAGCGACGAGAUAGUUGCCACAGUAGAGCGUAUCGCCAGAGAAGCGAAAAACGAAAGUGUUUCCAAUAAUUAUUAUGAGGAGCAGCGCGCAGUGGUCGUUCACGCCGAGAGCGCACCACCAGUUAUGGCCGAGCGUCAGGAUCCGAUAGGACCUCCGAGAGGUCGGGCCGAUUCCUACGAGCAAAGCCCGUACUACGAUGUGGUGGAUGACUAUUUCAACAGUCGGUCAGAUUCGGACUCAGCGGCCGAGUUGGACGAUUCUCGGGAAAGUUUCUCAAGCGAAGAAGGGCCGGACGGAGUGGGUGAGGGCCGCGCGGCGCAAAAUCGCCCAUACGACUCCUACUACAGCGGUCAGUGGAAAUAUGCCACCAAGCUGCCCAUACAUCCAAGUGCCGAUGAAAAUAAUAACAGAAAGCUCUCACCACUUCCAUCAAACCAGAAUCGUGUUCCGGCAGCCUACGACGACCUGUACGACUGGGGCUACAGGCCACAAGCUCCUCAAACUCUGACAAAACAGGCAGCACCAGCAGCGGCAGCGAACCCUAAUGCACAUGCGGUGGCUCCUGUCCAAGAGGAAUCCACUUUGGUGACUCUAUUGAAGAGCCUUAAGCAAAUUUGGGAAAUCUAUCAGGCUUUGGCGGGAGCUUGGAGAGCCAUUCACGAGCACCACCAGAAGAGUGUGGAGCAGUUCAAGAAGGAGCAGACAGAGAAACAACGUCUGCGUCAGCAGCAGCAGCAGCAGCAGAAGAAGCCGAGAAUUAAUUCGAAAAAACCGCCGCGCAUUGAAAGCCAAAACGCGGCGCAGCGUAAUCAGACCAAAAAGGCCAAGAUCCCCAAAACGACAACUGCAGAGCCAACAACAACAACAACAAAGAAAACAAUGACAACAACAACAGAGAAACCCUCAGAAGAACCCAACACCGAGGCGACAGAAAGUGUGGAGUCUCGCAAGGGAGCCAAAGGGGAUGCCGCACAGAAGGAUGGGGUGGUGGGUUCUCGGGAAAAACGUGCAACAGACACAUCGUCCUCCACAUCCAACGAUGUUGGCGAGGGGCGUUACAUAAAAGGCGAUCCGCUUACCGGCUACUACGAUUUUGUCAUCACAGAGGGUUCCUACAAAUUUUGGGCCUUCUUUCAAGUUGGCACAGCGUGUUUGAUCAUCUACUCAACCUUUGCGGCAAUCUAUUACUCUAAAGUCAAUCCUUUGACGGCGGAUUACGACUAUCAGGAUUACCUCGGCGCGGGGCGUUCUCUCUCUGAGGACUUCGCCGAUGAUGGCGAUGAUGCAGACCCAGCCCCUAAAUCCCCCGCAUCUGACUGGAUUCCACGCACGGUCCACUCUCUCAAAUUUAUACUGGAUGCCAUUGAUAAGCUGCCGUUGGACCAUCAAUCUGAAUCUGCGAAAGAGGCUGGCUGGACGGACAGCACAAAGCUAGAUAGAACUAAAUAGUUGUUACGGGAAAUUUUUUAUACAAGGACGAAAUAAAAUACCAUUAUUCAACCAAUUCAA